ACAUUGAACGUCGAAUACGCGCAAUCAGAUGAACACGCUGGAAAUUUGCAUCUCAGUCUCUGCUGGACAGUAAUUGGCGUGGAUGUGUUCCUGAUUGUCGAUACUGCGAGGUCGAGCACUCAGUCAAAAUGGAGGAGGUUGAAGAGCUCGUGA